AUGAAUCUCGAUCAAGAUAUCAAGGAAAAGGCUGACACCGUCGUCGAGCCGACCUCCGGCUCGCCCGCCCCUGGUUAUGAAGAUGUCGUUGCUGUCGAGGCGCCUAUUGUCGAGGAUGUUCAGCCCCUCAAGCGGGUUCUUAAGAGUCGGCAUUUUCAGAUGAUUGCUAUUGGUAUUUCUCCCGUGGCUCUAUUGGGACUGGUCUUUGUUGGUACGGGAAGUGCCCUCCAAGCGGGUGGGCCUGGUUCGCUGUUGCUCGGAUACCUCAUUGUGGGUGAUAUGCUGCUUUUGACGAUUCAGGCUCUCGGGGAACUGGCUGUUCUCUAUCCAGUUAAUGGGGCUUUCUUCACAAAUGUUGUGCGAUUCAUCAAUCCUCCAUGGGGCUUCGAUAUCGGGUGGGACUACGCCAUCGGAUGGCUCAUCAUUCUUCCAUUCGAACUCACGGCCGCCAGUAUCACUAUACAGUAUUGGCGCGAUGAUCUAAACAUCGGUAUAUGGAUCGCGGUAUUCCUCGUCGUCCUAUCAGCAAUUCAACUAUUCGGCGUACGAGGCUACGGCGAGGAUAAAUCGAAGUCCAUCUCAAAUCUCCUAGCAAACAGCAAAACUGAUCUCAUCCUAGUGGAGUUCAUCCUCGGCUUGAUCAAGUCAUCGCCGUAA